AUGCUGGCUCCGUUCUGUCCAUCAUCAUGGCGUAGAACAAUACCACCCGAUUUACCCAUGCUCUUUCCUUCUCCAAUUUCGACUAUAGACGCGCAUGAUGAGCUGCAUUCGGAUGAGCUGAUGCGCUACAAGCCACUUGGUCAUUGCUGUGACAUUCUCACUUCAUUGCCGCUGGACAUAGCGCGGUACAUACUAUCUCAGCUUCCGCUGAGGGGAGUGUUGAAUGCAUCACUGGUAUCGCAUGCAUGGAACCAAAUUGUAUCCGAUGCCAUUCUGUGGCGUCUCCUGUUCGAGCGUAAAGAAAAAUGGCAUAUAUGCACUGAUCUCCUUCCUCGAUUGCCCCAUAUACCCUACAAAGACCCAACAUUGCCUUUUGUGGACUGGAAGUCAGUGUACAUGAAUCGACUUGAGCUUGAUCGACGUUGGUAUACUCUCAAGACGAAACCACGCGGAGACAGCAUUGCUAUACCGUUUCAGCCUAGCAAAGUUCCAUUAGAAGGACAUACGAACAGCGUAUACUGCGCCUGUAUUUCUUCACCAACAGCUACUUCACCGCAUGUCUACGUGUUUUCUGGUUCCCGUGACAAUAAUGUUUGUAUUUGGGACAGUGAGACAGGCCGCUGUUUGGCUUCUCUCCACGGGCAUCAGGGUAGUGUGCUGAGCAUGUCCUACCGUGAUGGAGUUCUUUUAACUGGAAGCUCGGAUAAUACGGCUUGUUUGUGGGAAUGCUCCAAUUUCUCUGAUGGACCUGUUUUCCAUAUGACGAGGGCGUUGCGCGGUCAUAACGGAGGCGUACUCUCUGUAUGCUUUGACGAUACGUGGAUCGUCACUGGCAGUCGAGAUGCGACUGUGCGCGUUUGGCGCCGUAUGGAUGGCCAACUCGUACACACAUUUUAUUCGCAUGGUGCAUGUGUGAAUGCAUGCAGCCUGGAUCGUGGACGUGUCGCGAGUGCCGCAAGCAACGGCACCGCAUUCGUUUGGGAUGUGGCUACUGGUGCAAUUAUACAGAAUUGGGAAGGUGUCCGACGUGGAAUUGCAUCCAUUCAGCUACAUGACUCGAUUGGUUUUACCGGCAGCAGUGAUUCUUGCAUUCGCUUGUGGCGAGUCAGUGACAAUGCAUGCCUCUUAAAAUUUUUCGCACACGAGCAGCUAGUGCGUUCCUUAUGCUAUGAUCAACGCCGUGAAUUACUUGUGAGUGGCGGUUGGGACGGCAUGGCUCGUGUGUGGGAUAUGUCGCCUACCUUGGCCCACAUUCAUGAUACCCAUCCAACUACCCCCAUACCUACCCCGCGCCUAUUGUUUGAGCUACGCGUACCCCAUACGCGUGUGUUUGAUGUAGCGCUAGAUGUAUCUCACAUCAUUGUCGCUUGUGAAAACCACACAUUGUGGAUGAUGAAUUUUGGCAGCCCAGAGCUUGACGCGCAUGUAUACGCAUGA